UAUGUAUGGGUAAGAAGCAUUUCUAUCAUAUUCCUGGUUUUAGAAGAAACAUCCCCAAAGGACCUGUAGUUAUUUUUGUUUUAGAUACUUAUUCGUGUGCUUUUCUGCUUCUAAUUAAUCUAGGACCCUUGGGAAGUUUUAAAAUCUACUAUUUGAAAACGUCAUUGUCAAAGACACUCAGAAGUACAGCUUUGUUUUAGGAUCCAUCUUUCAGUGCUGUGUUUUAACUGUGAAAAAAUCACAUGUAAUAUUUUUCUCAUAUAAACCUUAAAUUAUAGGAUUUUGAAGGACUGCUGAUAUCAUUCUGUCUCCUGCCCUUUGUCCUAGACCUUCAGAAACAUGGCUUCCAAAGAAGAGAAUCCACAAAGCACGAACAGAGUGCUAAGAAUAAGUCAGCUGGAUGCACUUGAACUGAACAAAGCCCUGGAGCAACUAGUUUGGUCCCAGUUUACUCAGUGCUUUCAUGGAUUUAAGCCAGGGCUGUUAUCCCGCUUUGAACCAGAAGUAAAAGCAUUCUUGUGGGUUUUCUUGUGGAGAUUCACCAUCUACUCCAAAAAUGCCACUGUGGGGCAGACAGUUUUGAAUAUUCAGUACAAAAAUGAUUUUUACCCAAACCUGAGAUAUCACCCACCCAGUAAGAAUCAGAAGCUCUGGUAUGCUAUUUGUACAAUUGGAGGGAAGUGGCUAGAAGAACGGUGCUAUGAUUUGUUUCGAAACCACCAUUUUGCAUCAUUCUGGAAAGUCAAACACUGUGUGAAUAUUGUAGUUGGACUAUUGAAGUUAGGUGAGCUGAUUAAUUUCUUGAUUUUCCUUCAAAGAGGAAAGUUUGCAACAUUGACAGAACGUCUACUAGGCAUUCGGUCUGUAUUUUGCAAGCCCCAAAACAUGCGUGCAGUUGGCUUUGAGUAUAUGAAUAGGGAACUUCUCUGGCAUGGUUUUGCAGAGUUUCUUAUUUUUCUCUUACCACUUAUUAAUAUCCAGAAGUUGAAAGCCAAGCUAUCUUCAUGGUGCAUCCCUCUUACUGGUGCUCAUAAUAAUGACGAGACUUUAGGCACCAGUGGCAAAGAAUGCUCUCUGUGUGGAGAGUGGCCCAUCAUGCCUCAUACCAUAGGAUGUGAGCAUAUCUUCUGUUAUUACUGCAUUAAGAGUAGUUUCUUAUUUGACAUGUACUUUACGUGUCCCAAGUGCGCCACAGAGGUACAUAAUCUUCAACCUCUGAAGUCAGGAAUUGAGAUGUCAGAAGUGAAUGCACUUUAGAAACUGCAAUUCUUUCCUCUCAGGAAAGCUGUGUGAUAGUUUAAUCCUUCAUAUUAGUCAUCCUAAGUAUAUUAUUUAGAUGUCUUUUAUGAGGGGCUUACUUCUCAGCCACUGUCUUCUAGUCCUUGCCAGGCAUGACUAAAUGUUAAUCCUUGGAAACCACAAGAUUUAAAAUAUAUUAUGUAAAUAUUAAUGGAAUGUUUUUUGUAAUCACAGCAUUAAUUUUUUAAUUGUAAGAAUAAUGGAUCAUUUUUGUCAGGUGACUACUAAGAAUGCGCCAUCAUUUUCCUGCUUCCCGGAAAGAGGAUGAACGAACGCAGAAAAUA